GCGCAGCCACCGCGCCGCCAUUGGCUCUCGGAGAAGCCGCUCUAAUCCGCGCCGCCUCCGCCCCCGCGCGGCGCUGCGCUCCGCGGAGUCUCUGACCUUCCUCCUUCCCGCAGCCCCGGAGAGACGCGCGGCGGUCGUGCCAGCCUUCUCCUCCUCUCCCGGGAAGCCGUCCGGGCUUGAGGCUGGGCCGCCACCGCCCGCUUUGCCGCCCGCCCGGCUGAUGGUGUCCGGUACUCCGGCGCCCAGCUUGUAAGCAGCAAGCCUGCUAACUGCAGAUCGACACCUGCCUGGCUCCCACCAUGUCUGGCUCCUACGACGAGGCUUCCGAGGAGAUCACAGAUAGCUUUUGGGAGGUGGGGAACUACAAGCGGACGGUGAAGCGCAUCGACGAUGGACACCGUCUAUGCAACGACCUCAUGAGCUGCGUGCAGGAGCGCGCCAAGAUCGAGAAGGCAUACGCGCAGCAGCUCACCGACUGGGCCAAGCGCUGGCGCCAGCUCAUCGAGAAAGGUCCGCAGUACGGCAGCCUGGAGCGGGCAUGGGGGGCCAUGAUGACGGAAGCAGAUAAAGUCAGUGAGCUGCACCAGGAGGUGAAGAACAGCCUGCUGAAUGAGGACCUGGAGAAGGUCAAGAACUGGCAGAAGGACGCCUACCACAAGCAGAUCAUGGGCGGCUUCAAGGAGACAAAGGAGGCCGAGGAUGGCUUCCGAAAGGCCCAGAAGCCCUGGGCUAAGAAGAUGAAGGAGCUGGAGGCAGCCAAGAAGGCUUAUCACUUGGCUUGCAAGGAGGAGAAGCUGGCCAUGACCCGGGAGAUGAACAGUAAGACGGAGCAGUCGGUCACCCCUGAACAGCAGAAGAAACUUGUGGACAAAGUGGACAAAUGCAGGCAGGAUGUGCAAAAGACUCAGGAGAAGUAUGAGAAGGUUCUGGAAGACGUAGGCAAGACCACACCGCAGUACAUGGAGGGCAUGGAGCAGGUGUUCGAGCAGUGCCAGCAGUUUGAGGAGAAACGGCUCGUCUUCCUAAAGGAAGUCCUGCUGGAUAUCAAAAGGCAUCUCAACCUAGCGGAGAACAGCAGCUACAUCCACGUCUACCGAGAACUGGAGCAGGCCAUCCGGGGGGCCGAUGCCCAGGAGGACCUCAGGUGGUUCCGCAGCACCAGUGGCCCCGGGAUGCCCAUGAACUGGCCGCAGUUUGAGGAGUGGAACCCAGACCUCCCGCACACCACUGCCAAGAAGGAGAAACAGCCUAAGAAGGCAGAGGGGGCCACCCUGAGCAAUGCCACCGGGGCUGUAGAAUCCACAUCUCAGGCCGGGGACCGCGGCAGUGUUAGCAGCUAUGACCGAGGCCAACCGUAUGCCACCGAGUGGUCAGACGACGAGAGCGGAAACCCCUUCGGGGGGAACGAGGCCAAUGGUGGCGCCAACCCCUUCGAAGAUGAUGCCAAGGGAGUUCGCGUCCGGGCACUCUACGACUACGAUGGUCAGGAGCAGGACGAGCUCAGCUUCAAAGCCGGAGACGAGCUCACCAAGCUCGGAGAGGAGGACGAGCAGGGUUGGUGCCGCGGGCGGCUGGACAGCGGGCAGCUGGGCCUCUAUCCUGCCAACUACGUCGAGGCGAUAUAGCUACCUUGCCCACCCGACUCUCCUCAGUCCUUGUCCACCGCCUUCCACCCUUCCCCUCCUCCUUGCCCUCGCCAUAGAGUUCCAGACAUAUUUUCCGAUCAAGCUUUUAUUUUUUUAAAAGUCAAAACAGAACAAAA